CGUUUCUUAUCGUAAAUGAUUAUUGUUAUACAGUGCAAAGUGCGGACUUCCUAUUUCGUGUAGAAUAUAAAAAUAUUCAUUAGCCGCCGUUGUAUAUUUCACUAAAUUUCUGUUAUCCGCGUCGAUCUGUGCCUACCGUUUAACCUUUGUCGCGCCUUCUAUCGCGCGUUAACGCACACACACCAGCACACACACCAGCGCGGCAGUCGUUAUCUCCGACGCCGCUGCCCCGCCGAACCGUUAUCAAUUUUAUUUUAUUUUAAACCUGUCAAUUUUUCGUAAUAAUAUUUUAGUUGGAAUAAUAUUGUUUAUCGUCGAUCUCCGUGAUUUAUUACCCGAAAUCUCUAGACGUUACCCAGCCGUUAUAAAUUAUGUAGACUCCACAAUUAUAAUAAAUAACGAUAAACUGCUAUAUUAUUAUUGUAGCGCGCGCUCAGACCGCGUACAACUACUUGUUGCUCGUAUUUUAGGUAUUGCGAUCAUAAGUCAUAACCGAAAUCUAUUGUGUGAUAGAUUACCACGAACGUGUCGAAAAUGAUGAAAAUGCUUGGAUUAAAGAGAAUCGUCGACCAGAAGGUCGAUAAAACCGUCGAUAUGGCCUCAGACGUUGCUAACUGUUUGCUGGAUACGACGUACAAGGGUGGAUUAUUCUCAAUGAUUAUUGUUACCAUCGUCUGGGUGUCUAUAUUUUUGUAUAUAGCUUUCUAUUAUGCAUACAUGCCGUCUCUUAUGUUCAGCCGUCCGGUUCACAUGCAAUUCAAAUCCUGUUACAGCGAUAAAGGAUUAUGUGACUAUCCAUCAGCACAUGUUCAGUUAACCAAAAACCAUCAAUUGUUAAUGAUUGGUCAAAAAUACAAAAUGACUGUUUAUGUUGAGCUACCAGAAUCACCAGUUAAUGAAGAUAUAGGAAUGUUUAUGCUUUGUGUUCGUUUGAGUGACAAAUAUGGCUAUCUAGUAUCGUCUUCCUGUCGAUCCAGUAGAUUAAGGUACAAGAGUCAAUUGUAUCGUGUUAUUCAUACAUUAUUCAUGGCACCAUUUUAUCUGACCGGAUUAUCUGCUGAAAAACAAUUAAUCCAGUUAGAAAUGUAUACAGAUUUCGAAGAAGAUCAAUUACAUCCAGUUACAGACAUUUACUUUGAGAUGUUAAAUCAUGAUAUUCAAAUUUACUCCGCCAAGUUAAACAUCAUUGCAAACUUGGGCGGUUUACGUUACCUUAUGUUUCAUUGGCCGAUAGUGUCUGCUUGUCUAGGAAUUGGAUCAAAUCUCCUCUUUGUAUUUUUUAUAUUUUCAAUGUCGUGGCGACAUAUAUAUGGACCCGAAGUAUUUAGAAAUGAACAAAAUGAUUUCUUGGAUCGAUCCGAACGUUUGGAUGAAUUUGAUUCUGAGGACGAAUCUGAAGUAUCAGAUGAUUUGUGUAAAAAAGAUUUUCUCCCUUUUAAAUUUUCACCAUCCAGUCCAUUCAUUCCUGAGCAAUAGUUAUUAGUCUUAUCUUUAAUUAAAAAUAUUUUUAUUUGUUACAAGUUACAACUAGAUUAUGGUAUAAUUUAUAUCUGAUAGGUUAUAACUCUUAUUGUAACUAUAAUAUUUUUGUAAUCUUUGUUUUAGUUUUGUAACUGAUGGGUACUAGAAAAGUAUAGACUAUAGACUAUUAAAUUGUGUCUGUGGUGCUUUUAUUUAGCAUUUUAUGUUACACCUAAGAGUAUACUACUUAAUAUUAUUCCUUUUUUUAUUUAUUUUUAAUUGGUUGUUUGUUAAUGAAGAAAUAUUUUUUAAGUUUUAUAUGCCAUUUUAGUUACCAAAUUCAAUUGUUAAAAUACUUAUAUGAUUUAAAUUUUGAAUAGUUUAUUUUUUUUAUUUUAUUAUGUAUCAAUACAAGAAAAUGUGAGCACCAGUUGCUUUGUUAUCCAUUUGUAUGUAAAAAUGAAUGUAUUUUUUUGAUUUAUACCGUGCAACAUGAAGUAUAUAUAUUAUAAUAUAAUUAAUAUUAUUUUUAAUUGAACAAACAAAACACUGAAUUAA